ACGGCUGGUCUUCCUGAAUUCGACUUCUAUGCCGACAAGAUAAUGAGCUUCCUCUUGGCUGCGGGAGCAGGGGCGGGCUUUGCCGUGAGCUUCGAGUUGAAGAGACUGUUAGGAGGAGACGACGAGAUAUCGUCGAAAACAAAUGCGUUCUUCAUCAACAGAGCCAACAUCGCCACGGCCAUUCUCUUGCUGGGAUUCGUCAGCAUGGCUGUGCUCUUAGUGCUUUCCUCUACAGCCCGCGCUCAAUAUUAUGCCUCCCAAUCCAAAGGCCCCAUCACCAAAGCCAGAGGCUGCUUUUAAUCAAUUCUCAUCGAUCAUGCAUCAAACCCUAAACCCUAAUAACGGAUCACCGUUUGCUCAAUCUCUUGAAUAGUUUUUACGAUUGAUUGGUUGGGUGACUGGGUGCACCAAAACCCCUCAAUCUGCCAUUUGUACAUCUCUAUGGGGGCUUAUCCCUUUAGUUUAGUUGAUUUAAGCAAUAAGUAAAUGCCCAUGUAAGAAAAAGCCUCAAUAAGCCCAUGGGCUUGUGUCCUACAAGGACUGAACUGAAGCGACCCAAUUAAGGUCAUUUAAUUUGGCAUUCAAGUUGUUUCCCAAACGUUAAUGUGG